UUAUAGGAAUCGUAAUUAUAGGAACCCGUGUUAUAGGGGGUCUACUGUAAUACAUAUAUAAGCAAAAACAAAGAAACCCCAUACUAAACUAAAUGGAAAGACCCAGUUUGCUGUUGUAUAAAAAUAAUAAAAUUUUACAUUUUUGACACUAAAUGGCUGCUGUGCCAAAGGACUACUGGUGUAAGAAAGUAAAAAUUAUACUGAUGUUCUUUACUGAUGUUCAUGUGUCUAGUGAACAAAAAUCAUGAGGUUGUAAGAGAGAAAUUUGAAGAAAAACUGAUUAUCAAAGUGAUAGAAGUUUAAGAAGAAUGUCUACUGACCGAAGCAAUGAUGACUGCUAUUUUUAUUUUUAUUCUACAUGUACAAGGGGAAAUAAAUGCCCUUUUCGUCACUGUGAAGCAGCAUUAGGUACAGAAACAGUAUGUACGUCUUGGAGAGAGGGCUAUUGUUCUCGUACAAAUUGCAAAUUUCGUCACAUGGAGAACAGAAAAUAUCGCCAUGAAAUUCCAUGCUAUUGGGAAAAUCAACCUGGUGGUUGUCGUAAACCACAUUGUGUUUUUUUCCACACUAAACCUCGAAAUCAGAUAAAUGCCCAAUGGGGGGAGAAUUCUGCAAAUUUAAUACUACCAGUCGCAGACAAACCAGAAAAUAUGGCACCAGAAAUAAAAGAAGUGAAAUCAACAGAACUGUUAUUGUCAAAUGAUGCUGAGUUAACUGAUAAUAAUUCUAUUUCACAAGUAAUUGAACCUGUUGUUGUUAGUAUUGAUGAAGAAUCUGAUACCGAAAGUACAGUUAGUAUACCAGUGAAAUUCAGUUCUCCAGUUAAUUGUCAGAGUUUGCGACAGAUUACUAAUAAUAAUCAAACACCAGUGAAGAAAAUUACUUCCAAAAGUUCUAAAAAUGUAGCCAAACAAGAUAAUGAUCUUGGAAUAAAAACUUUAGAACAAAUCAGACUGGAGAAGUUGUUGCAUAGGGAAUCAUCCCAUAUAUACAAUACAGAUGAUCAGACUGUUGCAAGUGGAAAUAUAUCUGUUUCAGCAGACGAGUCUUUAAAAGUUUCAGUUCAAACAUUUGAUUCACAAGAUUUAAGGAAUCGUCUCAAACGAAAACACAAUUCAAAUGUUGCACAAAAUAAUGAAAACACUGUUCCAAAGAAGAGAAUUCUUAGGCUAAAACAAAAUCGUAAGUUAAUUCCAAACACCAAACUGAUAAGGCUACCAGCACCUGCAUUAAUCACACAAGAUGGAACAGUUGAUUCCACUGAAAACACUAUUGUUGAAUCUGCUUCCAAUUCAGAAAGUAAACAGGAUUCUUCUCCCAAGAAACGUGAAACAGGAAAAACAAUUGCAAAAAGAAAAAUCAUCAGACGGCCUUUGUUUUCUUCUAAAAGAAAUGAUUCCACACCAGAUUCCAGUAGAGAGAAAUCUGAAAUUGCAUUAAUGAUGUCCAGUAAAGACGAUUCGAAUGGGGUGGAGGAUACUGUCAACGUGGCGGUAACCCACGAACACCCUGCCGUUUCGAGUUCGUUGGAUGUGCCAAAUUUGAAAAAUAAAGAUGAAAGAUUAGAUCAAGGAUAUCUAGAAUUAGAUUCUAAAUGUCAUAGCGGCAAAGGAUUUCGGAAAGAAUCCGAGAAAAAACUAUCACACCCGGAACAAAAAUGCACGAUUAGCAACGAUCACAAUACAAAGGACAGUUGUAUUAUUUCUGAACAUAAAUUACAAGAACAGACUAAAAAGAAAACGGAUAAUUCUGCUUCUGGGAUGAAUGACGACUUAGACGAACUGUUAUUGGAUAAUGACGAGGGAGAUUUAAUACUCUAUCCAGAAGAUAACAUGGAAAAAGGAGAUGAAGAGUUGUUACAAGAAUUAGAAAAAAUUAUCAAUAGUAGUUAAUUAUGGAAACUCUUUUAUAGUCACAUGUUCUUUCAUGCACGUUGGCAACAUUCUUCACAUCUUUAAAACCAGAAAUGCUUGAUUUGCCCAUUUCAAAAAUUGUUUGUGAAGAUAAAUUUUAGAUUUAUGUACACUAUGUAUAUAUUUCAAAUUAGUAAUACAAUUUU